GGGAAUAACAUUUGAAAUGUAAAUAAGAAAUACCCAAUUAAACAUAAAAAUCAAGAUGCAACAACCUCUACCACAACAAUCAGAUUUGUAUGUUAAAUUUUCAAUACAAAAUACAUCCAAACAAUAAACUUACAAACAGUUGAUAAGGAUAUAAGCUGCCAGCCUAGAAAAUAUAAAUUUGAUUACAGAAAUCCAUCCCAUCUACCUUGACAAUUCAAGACCACCCAGAGGCAGAUCACUCUUCUCUGUCUCCAUCUUGAUUUUUCUCUCUUCUUUUUCUCUCCCACCUUAUUUUUUUACUGUACAAUCAUGGCAUUGACCUAACUGGUACCAGCCCUCUCCUAUCUAUAGAAAUCAACCUAUAUAUCAGACAUGCAUCUGUCUUCUUGCAAUGUAAUCCAAGACAAUACCAUUUCAAAACAUAUACCAACUAGGCAUACAAAUAUAUGUUAUAUAAUAAUAUCAGCAAUAAAAUUCUCUCUCAUAAAUGACAGGUAUAUUCUUUUAUUCCUUUAAAGAAAACACAUAAAAUUAUUCUCAACCAUCUUAUUGAGGUAUGAACAUACAUCAAAGAGAAAAAUAUUUACCAAAUGUCAUUGAGUGUCAAGAACUGAUUAUCAGGCAAGAGAUCAGCAUUACAACCCAUUAAAUGUCUGCAUAGGAAUUGAUAUUGUCAGGAUGUACGUUGAAUCUGUAUGAUUCCAGGAAUUAUUGGAUUUAGCAUAAGGACAUAUUCUCCAGAUCACAAGAAUUAUGAGAAGCUUAAGGGGAUUUUGUGAAAAUGCUCAACUCCUGCCUCAAUGUUGAAUGUGAAACUUCCCUUCCCUAAACCAGAGAAUGAAAGACAUAAUGUUCCAUGAUUCAACUCAAAGUCCAAAUGAUAUGGAACAUUUAUAACUUCUCAACUCUUGUCUUACUAUAAAAGUUCUGAGGAAAUCUAUUGGGUUCAUAAAUAUUGCUGUUGACACAUGGUCUGAUGAAGGCUGUUCAAGAGAAAAUUGCCCUUUCAAAUAUUUAUGGCAUGGAUGUUAAUGAAAUCAUGGCAGCUGUGGAUGGAGAACAUUAUCUUCAAAACAUGUUUUUGGAAAUGUUUUGAUCAAAAGUUUUCAGACCUCAGAUGUAGAGCUUGAGGCCAGAAUUUUUCCAUUGUAUCCAGGGAGCAGAACAUAUGAUGAACGGAAAGAAACUGUUGAAUAUAAUUAAGUGGAUCGCCCGUCAGCAGAAGCCUUAAAAUAUACAAACUGGUGUAAAUGUGUGUGUUAUGUUUGCCUGCAUAAGAAUCAGGUUUCACAAUUGCUCCAUGCUAGAUCCUAGCAGACAUGAAGAAGCUGUGUGCUUUCACUAUUGGCUUUUUUUCCCUGCAGUUUUGUCUCAUUUUGAGCAGUUUGACUGAACCCAAUUGCUUUUGGAGGAUAAAGAAGAGAGAAAUUAAUGAUGGAGAUUUGCAAAAUGACUGUGGUUUUGUCCUUUUUACACUUGAGAGCCCUAUUGAAGAAAAUUUUUAUAAUCACAUUAUUAAUUUUAGGAUACCAGCAAGAAAAUAUGAAUUUUUUCUGGUAAUGUUUUUUGCUACUGAUGAGAUAAACAAGAAUCCUUAUCUUUUAUCCAACAUGUCUUUGAUAUUUUCCUUCAUUUUUGGUAUGUGUGAAGAUACAAUGGGAGUUCUGGAUAAAGCAUAUUUACAUCAAAACAACUAUUUCGAUCUACUUAAUUAUAACUGUGGAAGGAAGAAACGUUGUGAUGUAAAACUUACAGGACCAUCAUGGAAAACUUCCUUAAAACUUUCAAUUAAUUCACGGGCACCAAAGAUUUUCUUUGGACCAUUUAAUCCUAACCUGAGUGACCAUGACCAGUUUCCCUAUAUCUAUCAGAUAGCAACCAAGAACACAUAUUUGCUCCAUGGCAUGGUCUCCUUGAUGUUUCAUUUUGAAUGGACUUGGAUAGGACUGGUCAUCACAGAUGAUGACCAAGGUAUUCAGUUUCACUCAAACUUGAGAGAAGAAAUACAAAGGCAUGCGAUCUGUUUAGCUUUUGUGAUUAUGAUCCCAGAAAGCAUUCAGUUAUACAACACAAAGUUUAAGAUUUAUGACCAACAACUUAUGACAUCUUCAGCAAAGGUAGUUAUCAUUUAUGGCAAAAUGAUCUCCACUCUAGAACUCAGCUUUGCAAGAUGGGCAUAUUUAGUUGCACGGAGAAUCUGGAUCACAACCUCACAAUUGGAUUUCAUCACAUAUGAUAAAGAUUUCAGCCUUGAUUUCUUCCACGGGACUGUCAUUUUUGCCCAGCACCACAAUGACAUCGCUAUAUUUAGAAAUUUUAUGCAAACAAUAAACACAUCCAAGUAUCCAGUAGAUAUUUCUCAGUCUAUGGGGCAGUGGAAUCAUUUUAACUGUUCAAUCUCAAAGAACAAGAAGAAAAUGGAUUUUUUUAUGUUGAAAAACCCAUUGGAAUGGUUAACACAGCACACAUUUGACAUGGUCCUGAGUGAAGAAGGUUACAAUUUGUAUAAUGCUGUGUAUGCUGUGGCCCACACCUAUCACGAACUCAUUUUUCAACAAGUAGAGUCUCAGGAAAUGACCAAACCCAAAGGACUAUUCACUAACUGUCAGCAGGUGGCUUCUUUGCUGAAAACUAGGGUAUUUACUAACCCUGUUGGAGAGUUGGUGAACAUGAAUCAUAAGGAAAAUCAGUGUGCCAAGUAUGACAUUUUCAUCAUUUGGAAUUUUCCAAAAGACCUUGGAUUAAAAGUGAAAAUAGGAAGCUAUUUUCCUUGUUUGCAACAGAGUCAACAACUUCAUAUAUCUGAAGACUGGGAGUGGGUCACAGGAGAUAUAUUGGUUCCCUCCUCAGUGUGUAGUGAGACAUGUACUGCAGGAUUCAGAAAAAGUAAUCAGAAACAAACAGCCGACUGCUGCUUUGAUUGUGUCCAGUGCCAAGAAAAUGAGAUUGCCAAUGAUACAGAUAUGGAGCAGUGUGUGAGAUGUCCAGAUUAUUCAUAUGCCAACUUAGAACAAACCGAGUGCCUCCAAAGAGUUGUGACAUUUCUCGCUUAUGAAGAUCCAUUGGGGAUGGCUCUAUGCUGCAUGGCCCUGUCCUUUUCAGCCAUCACAAUUCUAGUACUAGUCACUUUUGUGAAGUACAGGGAUACUCCCAUUGUGAAAGCCAAUAACCGUAUUCUCAGCUACAUCCUGCUCAUAUCUCUAGUCUUCUGUUUUCUCUGCUCAUUGCUCUUCAUUGGACAUCCCAACCAGGCCACAUGCAUCCUGCAGCAGGCCACGUUUGCAAUAUUUUUCACAGUUGCUAUUUCUACUGUGUUGGCCAAAACAAUAACUGUGGUCACAGCUUUCAAGCUCACUACUCCAGGGAGAAGGAUAAGAAAGAUGAUGAUAAAAGGGGCAACUAACUUGCUCAUUCCCAUUUGUACCCUAAUCCAACUUGUUCUCUGUGGAAUCUGGUUGGUGACAUCUCCUCCAUUUAUUGACAGAGAUAUACAAUCUGAACAUGGAAAGAUAAUCAUCACUUGCAACAAAGGCUCAGUCAUUGCCUUCCACGUUGUCUUGGGAUAUUUAGGCUCCUUGGCUCUGGGGAGCUUCACUGUGGCUUUCUUGGCUAGGAACCUUCCUGACAGAUUCAAUGAGGCCAAGUUCCUAACAUUCAGCAUGUUGGUGUUCUACAGUGUUUGGAUCACCUUCCUCCCUGUCUACCACAGCACCAGGGGGAAGGUUAUGGUCGUUGUGGAGGUUUUCUCCAUCUUGGCUUCUAGUGCAGGGUUGCUAGGGUGCAUAUUUAUCCAAAAGUGUUAUGUUCUUUUACUUCGACCAGAUUUAAAUGUUCUUCAGAAAUAA